CCUGUGUUCUCUGUUCAGGUGUACCGCUGGGCCGACCACUCAACCACCGUGCUGCAGCGGCUGAACGAGCAGCGUCUCCGCGGCCUCUUCUGCGACAUCGUCCUGGUGGCCGAUGAGCAGCGCGUGCCAGCCCACCGUAACCUGCUGGCAGUGUGCAGCGACUACUUCAACUCCAUGUUUACCAUUGGCAUGCGGGAAGCUUUCCAGAAGGAGGUGGAGUUGAUUGGCGCCUCCUACAUCGGGCUCAAGGCCGUGGUGGACUUCCUGUAUGGCGGGGAGCUGGUGCUGGACGGCGGCAACAUCGACUACAUCCUGGAGACGGCCCACUUGCUGCAGAUCUGGACGGUGGUGGACUUCUGCUGUGAGUACCUGGAGCAGGAGGUGAGCGAGGACAACUACCUGUACCUGCAGGAGCUGGCCUCCAUCUACAGCCUCAAGCGGCUGGACGCCUUCAUCGACGGCUUCAUCCUGAACCACUUUGGCACGCUGUCCUUCACGCCCGACUUCCUGCAGAACAUCUCCAUGCAGAAGCUGUGUGUCUACCUGAGCAGCAGCGAGGUGCAGCGGGAGUGUGAGCACGACCUCCUGCAGGCCGCCCUGCAGUGGCUGACGCAGCAGCCGGAGCGCGAGGCCCACGCCCGCCAGGUGCUGGAGAACAUCCACUUCCCGCUCAUCCCCAAGAACGACCUCUUGCACCGUGUCAAGCCGGCUGUGUGCUCACUGCUGCCCAAGGAGGCCAACUGCGAGGGCUUCAUCGAGGAGGCCUUGCGCUACCACAACAAUGUGGCAGCCCAGCCCGUCAUGCAGACCAAGCGCACGGCGCUGCGCACCAACCAGGAGCGCCUGCUGUUCGUGGGCGGCGAGGUCUCCGAGGGGUGUCUGGAGCUCAGUGACGACACCUGCUACCUGGACGCCAAGAGCGAGCAGUGGGUCAAGGAGACGCCGCUGCCCGCCCGGCGGAGCCACCACUGUGUGGCGGUGCUGGGGGGCUUCAUCUUCAUCGCCGGCGGCAGCUUCUCACGGGACAACGGAGGGGAUGCGGCCUCCAAUCUUCUUUAUAGGUAUGACCCCCGCUGUAAACAGUGGAUCAAGGUGGCCUUCAUGAACCAGCGCCGCGUGGAUUUCUACCUUGCCUCCAUCGAAGACAUGCUUGUGGCCGUCGGUGGCCGGAAUGAGAACGGAGCUUUGUCUUCAGUAGAGACGUACAGUCCCAAGACCGACUCCUGGUCCUACGUGGCUGGCUUGCCAAGGUUCACGUACGGCCACGCGGGCACUAUCUACAAAGACUUCGUGUACAUCUCGGGGGGCCACGACUACCAAAUCGGCCCCUACCGCAAGAACCUGCUGUGCUAUGACCACCGGACGGAUGUGUGGGAGGAGCGGCGGCCCAUGACCACGGCGCGUGGCUGGCACAGCAUGUGCAGCCUGGGCGACAGCAUCUACUCCAUCGGGGGCAGCGACGACAACAUCGAGUCCAUGGAGCGCUUCGACGUGCUGGGCGUGGAGGCCUACAGCCCGCAGUGCAACCAGUGGACCCGCGUGGCACCGCUGCUGCACGCCAACAGCGAGUCGGGCGUGGCGGUGUGGGAGGGCCGCAUCUACAUCCUGGGCGGCUACAGCUGGGAGAACACUGCCUUCUCCAAGACCGUGCAGGUGUACGACCGCGAGGCCGACAAGUGGAGCAGGGGCGUCGACCUGCCCAAGGCCAUCGCCGGGGGGUCCGCCUGUGUCUGCGCCCUGGAGCCUCGGCCGGAGGAUAAGAAGAAGAAAGGCAAAGGCAAGAGGCCCCAGGACCGGGGCCAGUGACCCCACCGUCACCUCCCAGGCCCCUGUAGACCAGCAGCGACUUCUUAGAAUUCCGGAAACAUUAUGUACAACUUAGCAGCUUUUUUUACUUUUAUGAUUCUUGGUAUUUCUAUGAUAUCACAGUAACCAAUUAAAUACUCUCUAUAACUUCACAUAAUCUUGCUUGAAUAACUAACCCUGGUCCCAGGCAGUGAGCAACCCCUUGUACCUUUGCUGGUCUUUGUUCCAUGUUGCCAUUCCUCUUUGGGUCCUUCCUCACCGUCCCCCCGAGAGUAGCUGGCACUUGGGUUACUCAGAAAUUUUUGUAGUGAAGCUUGCGGCCUCAAAGGGAUAUAUAUCAUAGAUCACCUAGUCCAAGCCUCCCCAAACCUAACUGAGCUUUUAAGAGCACUGAUUCCUGAGCCCCCUCAGAAUUAUGGAAUCCAGAACCACCAGGAGCAGGGAUAGGGUGGAGCCCAGAAACUGUAUUUUAACUGGUUCUUGGAAUUCUGGGCAUCAGCCACAUCUGGGAAUCACUGGCAAGGUCAGGUGUGUUUGUUUUAUGAGUGAUAGGGCAGAGACUCCCAGGAGGGUGGGUGGGUGAGGGAGUGACGGGGGCCACGCAGCUCCCCGGACCGUCAGGUGAGCUGUGGCAACUUCCCAGCAGGGAGCUGUUCUCCAUAGCAGGUGAACAUUGCUUCUGAAUAAUUCCAGCUUUCCUCAUUGGAAACCUUCUUGAAUUCUAAAAGGUUACAGGCAACCAAGAAUGAAGAUAGGUAUGAAGCUCUUUAGAAAUAUUAUUCUGUAAUUGGUACAUUUUUUUCCUCUUGCUUUCUUUCUUUUUUUUCUGAGCUCACUAUCUUUUGUAUUACUGAUGUACUCAGCUCCCCACAUCUGUUUAUUUCUCAGGAAAGAAAAAGUGAUCGCUACAGAAUUUGUGAUUGUUCUCUGACUCUAUCUCGAGGCACCGUGUGGAUCCCUGAGAAGGCAGUGGAGGUCCCCCCUCAACUCCCACGCCAGGUCUCGCCCCAGUUUUCUGCUGCUAAGUAGAUUCGUGCUGCUGGGCAAAUUCUUGAAGAAAUAGGCUUGUUCCCUCACCCCCCUUGCCGCAGGGUUAGAUGAAAUGCCCUCCAGGCCCUCAGGUGUCAGGGCUCCUCAGUCUCUCUGAGCUGUUCACACCCUGAUGGCAUCCCUUCUAGGAUGCACUGACUCCUCCUAGAGCAGGUAUCAGUGUCGCUUUCCCUUUAGGAGGGCUCUGGGCUGCCCGAGUGGAUGAGAAACGUGCAGAACUAUGGGAGGACAGGAGUGUGGUGGGUUCUAAGCAUGGGCCAAGGAGGGCGUGAAUGAGCUGAAGGCAGAGAUCAGAAAACCUCAAGAUGGGCUUCAUCUUCAUUCCUAGCCUAUCACCAGUCUUCCCGCAGACAGUUCUGGGAGCAGGUGUCCAUGUCGCUUGCCCUUUAAGAGGGCUUUCAGCGGGCCAAGUGGAUGAGGAUCUAUGUGCUAAGAUUGAUACUAGACAAGGAUAAAAAUCGUAGUUAACAUUUAUUUCCAUUUCUUCUGCUUCUUUACGGCGCCUCCUUUCCCUUCUCUGCAGGGUUUACUGUGUUGCCAUUGGUCUGUUUCUGUAGCCAUACAGGAGAGAGGAGAGCGUUUGGGGGACUGAAAGCUUCAAUAGCCAAGUGCCUGCCCUCCACUGUGAGUGCGGUGAGCAACAGCGGUGAGCAGUCUGCGUCUUUAGCUAGCUGGUCAUUUGCAUGUGAAGUCCCUGGAGGCGGACAGACUGUUGAGAGGCUGUGCGAGGCAGACAAAGCCAAAAGCUGUGAACUCUGGAGCUCUGCAGCGCUGGCGUAUGAAAGGCUCUGAGAAGUCCUGCAUUCGUUUACCCUUCCAUUAACCCAGCAUUUCCAAACUUCUUUGAGCCUGAAACUCUUUUUUGUCUCGUAUCUAGUCCCAGGCCCCCACAAAACAUGUUUUGCAGAACUUCCGCCGACUUUGUGAUAGCUCACCUCCUUCCUAUUCUGGAAAGGUUUUACUGCUUAAAGACCCCCCACAAGGUAGGAAAUGGUACACGCAGCCUCUCCUCCCCCGCUCAGCCUAGGUCAUGAACAAAUGGGUGCUGGUUUGACCUGAAUCUCGGGCUGCUGGGGAAAGCACAUAGAAAGACUCUGUGAGUGAUUUGGGGAGAGGAUAGCUUUGACCCUGGGAGGGGGGAGGGCCACUGGUUUUUAGCCUAAGCCAACUCUUCUGUGUUUUGCUUCUGGGACUUGUCCCUGGAGAUGUGUGAACUGCUGGCUUCCAUUCUGACUUUCUUGUGCCUCGUGGGUUACAUGCGACAUCCUGUGCCUAAAAUUUUGUGGUCUCUCCUGAGACUAUUAAGGUGGUUUGUAAUUUACAUGGCUUGGAAUCUAAUAUUAAUCAGGUUGGCAGCACUCCUUAGGAGAAUAAACCAGUUUCAUCUUGUGGGCCAACUUCUAAUAUCUGUUGGUGACUACACUGUGACGAGAAAGGUUUUUGAGCUUGUUGGGGUCAAUAGAUGGGCACAAGGGUGCCAUGUGGUAGUACCUGGGGCAGGGUUUUGUUACUUGUGUUUGUGAGUUGAAAAGUCACUCUGCUGUGCAGUCUAACUGAAAAUGGAAGAGACCACGCCUGGGCAACAUGGCAAAAUCCCAUCUUCACACACAAAUAUAUAUAUAUAUAUAAAAGAUUAGCCAGGGAUGGUGGGACAUGCAGCAGUCCCAGCUACUUGGGAGACUGAGGUGGGAGGAUCACCUGAGCCUGGGAGCUCACCUGCAGUGAGCUAUGAUCAUACCACUGCACUCCAACCUGGGUGACAAAGUGAAACCCUGUCUCAAAAAAAUAAAAUGGUGCUUAACUCCGAUGGGCAGAGUUUGGGCUGGACCUAUGCAGUGGCCCUUUGAACUGCGCAGUCACGAUAGUAGGGCUUCAAACCAGAGUGGCGAAGGCACAGGCUCCUGCGGGCUGCCAUUUUGAGAUGGAAAGAGCCACGCGUGUCACCAUGUUGUCAAACUGUCCGUGUUGUUAAACUGUCCGUGCUUCAGGCCGUUCUGCGGGAAUUUUGAGGACACCUGGAUCUUUUUUAUUUUUUAAAUCUUUCAAAAGAAGCCUGGCAGGCUUCUAUUUAGGUUUGGGCUUUUCUCGUUUCUAAAGAAUUAAAGUUGUAACUUCAUGUUAGUUGCAAGUUUGGGGUUUGGUCCUUACCCAAGUUGGAAAGCUGUUUGCCUAAGACAUAAAGGUAUUACCCUUACAGAAGGGAGGGAGUAGACAGCUGACGAACCCUUGUUGCUUAUAGCGAUCUUUCUGCUGUUUAAAAUGCACAGAGAUUAUUUUAUCACCUUACUGUACUUGGCAUGAAAUUGGUAUUUUUAUCCUUCUGCCAUUCUAUUGAGGCUACCAAGUGGGACUUCAGACCUUGCUCUGAGCAGAACCACAUGUGUGUAUUUUUAUUGAGUGCCCCCGCUCAUGAUGAGGCGACCUCAUGGAGACCCAGAAACUAACCCUAAGGGGUGUUCAGCUUUGAGGUGGGCACCCAAAUGAUGAGGGGGAAGUGGGGAUCAUCCUCUGAAGUCCAGGGUCGUACUUUGUGAGCUCAGGUGUGUUCACCUGUGGUUCAGUGUACCUUGGCCCCUAAGCCAAGUGACCAUUCAGUGACUUGCAGCAAUUGGGAAGUGAAAGGACCUCUGCCGCCCCCAACCCCCUGUAGAGCCGCUGACCUUCACCCUUCACCCUGGUCCUCCAUGGUGUAGCAGCAUCUCACGGGCCUUGUGGCUCUCAGAGUUUGUGGCUGGAACCCGCCUGGAGAGGCAGGUGCAGAUGAGGUUUGGACCUCCUGUGUCUCCAUGGACUCUGAGUGCCUGGGAGGGGAGGGAAGGGCGUGGCAUCCUGGCCUCCAGGAUGAAUGCCUGGGGUAUAGGGCAGCGCCAUGGGCAUGUGGAGACCCUGUCCUGUGCCUCUGCCAAGCCUGGCAGUUUUAAGAGUUUUUUGAAAUGUUUUGAUACUUUUUGAUACAAUUUGCUAAUAACCAUUUUGUAGAAUGCCUGCCGUGGUUCUCCACCUCAUCCCCUUCCUCCAGCCCCUUGAUUUGUGCUGGAC